UAUAUUUCUUGAACUCACCCAUUGCUCGGAAUCAUUUCCACUCCUUGUUUGAAUAAUUCUUAAUCCCUUUUCCGUACUUUCUGUUCUUAUUUGUCAUUCUUCUUGUCGGUUAACCUUGCUCGGGCACUGUUGCUGCAGCAUGACCUGAAGAAUAGAUCGAGUCUCUGUAAUUUUGAGGACCUUAAAGAGCAUGGGGGCCUCUUUAUCCAGCCUGGGAACGAACGGCUCGACCAUUGGUCCGGGUCUCGGCGACAUCCCGGAGAACUGCGUGGCUUGCGUUUUCUUAUAUUUGACUCCGCCGGAAAUAUGCAAUUUAGCGCGGCUCAAUCGAGCUUUCCGUGGCGCGGCGUCCUCUGAUUCAGUAUGGGAAACAAAGUUGCCCCCCAAUUACCAAGAUCUGCUCGAUCUAAUGCCUCCGGAAAGGUACCAGAAUUUGUCCAAGAAGGAUAUAUUUGCGCUGCUAUCUCGACCAAUACCAUUUGAUGAUGGCAAUAAGGUGGGUGUUCUUCAGGAAGUAUGGCUGGACAGGGUCACGGGCAGGGUUUGUAUGUCCAUAUCGGCAAAAGCCAUGGCGAUUACUGGAAUUGAUGACAGGAGAUACUGGAAUUGGAUUUCUACUGAGGAAUCUAGGUUCCACACUGUGGCUUAUUUGCAACAAAUUUGGUGGUUUGAAGUUGAUGGAGAGGUGAAAUUUCCUUUUGCUGCUGAUACUUACACUCUCUUCUUUAGGCUCCACCUUGGACGAUUUUCCAAAAGGCUUGGGCGGCGCGUGUGCAAUUAUGAACACACGCAUGGUUGGGAUAUAAAACCAGUAAGAUUUGAGCUGUCUACUUCAGAUGAUCAGCAAGCAUCAUUCGAGUACAGUUUGGAUGAAACUGAGCGCGACGAUGCAUAUGGUAAUCAUAAGCGUGGAAACUGGGUUAAUUACAAGGUAGGUGAAUUUAUUGUCAGUGGAUCGCAACGUAUAACAGAAGUUAGAUUCUCUAUGAAACAAAUUGAUUGCACACAUUCCAAAGGUGGGCUUUGUGUAGAUUCUGUAUUCAUUAUACCUAGUGAUUUGAAAGGGCGGAAGACAAGAGGUGUUUUGAAGUAGCCACAAGCAGAGUAGGGAGUUUUUGGUUUUUUUUAGUGUGGUCAGACAUCUCAGAAUGCUCUCUUGGAAUCCACUAUACAGCAUAUACUUCUGAGGAAAAUUAAGAAUGAGGACUGAGGAGGAUGUCAUCUGUUGCGGGGUUUUUUUGGCAGUUGGUAUAUCUCCUCUUUGGUCAUGUAAUAAUGAUUUGUUUUUGUAGUUGUUUCUAUUGUCCAUACUCCAUACAUAUGUCAGAUGAAAAAAGGAAAACAAAAAAGGGGGGGAGAGGGGGGCUGGAAUUGCGGUCAUUAUCUUUGCUUGCUCCAGUUGCCCUCUAUGUAAUCUGUUUUGUAACUUGGUUGUGAUACAGGAAUAGAAUUUUACUCGGACGUUUUUCUGCCGCUUAUAGUUUAUUUA